GUGUGCAUGUUUUUUCACACGUGCUUCCCUGCUCAUUUAGACUGCGCAUCACAGAGAGAGUCAUUGCGUUUCUGGUACAAAGCAUCAAUGAACACCUCUGCCUUUGUCAUUCCUGUGGCUCCUGUGAGAUCGGAUCAAUACCUUGCCAGUUUCUGAGGACGUCACUCAGCUGAUGGUGAAAUAUUUCAGACCUUUAAAUCCUGAUCAGGACAACAGAGGCGUCAAAGGGCAGAAGUCUGACAUGUCUGACCAUCAGGAGAAAGACCACAAGCACGGAAAAACCGCAAAAUCUCAACAAAUGAAGCACCACCACCAAAAUCAAGUCCACCGUCAUCACCAGCGCAAGUUGCAUCAGUCUGACAAUGACGGUCCUGACACCCAUUCAACAGCAGAGGACAGCAUUUUCAACAACCAUCACCCCGACCAUCGACAUCAGCGUGAUAAUGACAAGACUCGUGACUCUCAUUCUCACCAUAACCAUCGCAAGCAAAACCACCGCCAUGUUUCUCUGUCAGGAACAUCUUUGAGUUCCUCAACUGGUUCCUCUUCAUCCUCCUCUUCUUCUUCCUCUUCAUCAACAUCCUCCUCCCCUUCUUCCUCCUCCUCCUCCUCCUCUUCCUCCUCCUCUUCCUUCUCUUCCUCCACUUCAACAUCUUCCUCUAGCCUUUCAUCUGAGACCAGCAGUGAAUGUUCAGAUACAAAUAAACCUAAGCUUUCACAGUCCUGUACUGACAUUUCCAGGAAGCACAAGUACUUUGAAGACGGAGAUGAUGAAGCCCCUUUGAUAGAUAAUGGAGGUCAGCAACACAGGCUCCCUGUCAAACAGAAACGAGAGAAAGGCAGGUCCUCUCAUGGUGGCCCUAACCAGGGUACACAGAGGAUUUCAAGAGCCUCUAGACAUAAUGGAAGCUUCCGCAAAGCCAAAUCCAUGGAGGCCCUCAGCAGGCCCAUAGAAAGAGAUGGACAUGGAACUGAGGAUGAGCAAGAACAGGAGAUGAGAAAAAAUGAAGCCAAGAAGAACUUAAUGAAGGAAAAAAUGAAGUUUUCUGCCUUCCUUAAUGAGAUCACUCGGCAGGUGCUCAGCCCAAUGAGACUCAACACCCUUGGGGUUACAGACACUCAAAGACCGAGCAGCCCAAGACAGGCCGCUGUUGGAUCCAACAGGGUUGACGGCAGUACCGAGAAAUCCAGACAGCAGAGGAGUCGGCUUGCCAGUGCAGACUCAGUUAGCUCCAGCCAGUACUCCCACAUAAGCAAGCAGUCCCACUCUUCUCAAAUUUCUCAUUCUAAAUCUUUCCAACACCAUCGUAGUCACCAUUCAGCAGACUCAACCCAUGACAUGUCUCCCAGGCCAAAAAGCUGCACUGAUAUUAGUUGUUUAAAAGGACGUAACUCACGGUCUCAAAGUCCUCAGCAACAUUCCCGUUCUCCCUCUUAUAAGCACCACCAUCGUCACCAAGGAGACCAUCAUACUCACAGUCAACAUCAUCACCAUGAUGACCGCAACAGCCCAAGUUAUCACCAUCACCACAAAGACCACCACAACACAAGUCGUCACCAUCACCACAGACACCACCACAGUCCUGUCUUUCAUCAUAAAGAUGACCAUAGCCCCACUUAUGACCAUGGUGAGCACCACAACACUUCUCAUCCCCACAAAGACCACCACAAUACAUCCCGUCACCAUCACUAUGGAGACCAUCAUCAUGGAGAAAGCCCAACUCAUGACCAUGGAGAACACAAUAGUACAACUCAUCAUCAUCACCAUCGAGACCAUCAUGGCCCUGUUCAUCACCACCACCAUGAUGACCACCAUGGCCAUGCUCAUCAUCAUCACCACCAUGGAGACCACCAUGGCCAUGUUCCUCAGCAUAGAGAUCCCCACAACCCAGCUCAUCAUGAUCAUGAAGGUCACCACAGUCCAACACAUCACCAUGGAGACCAUCAUAGUUCAAGACACCACCACCAUAGCAAACACCCAAACACUGAACGCCCUACUACACCACGUCACCAUGGACACCACAAUCCAAGCAAUGACGACGAAGAUCACCACAACCCAACAAAUCACCAUCACCAUGGAGACCACCAUGGCCAUGCUCAACAUCACAACUCUGGCCAUCAGCAUCCCCAUGGAGACCACCACAGUCCAGGUCACCAGCAUCACCAUGAUGACCAACAUAGUGAGGCUCACCAGCAUCACCAUGGAGACCACCACAGUCCAGGCCACCAGCAUCACCAUGGAGACCACCAUAGUGAGGCCCACCAGCAUGACCAUGGAGACCACCAUAGUGAGGCUCAUCAACAUCACCAUGGAGACCACAACAGACCAGGCCAUCAGCAUCACCAUGAAGGCCACCAUAGUGAUGCUCAUCAGCAUCACCAUGAAGAACACCACAGUCCAGGCCAUCAGCAUCACCAUGAAGGCCACCAUAGUGAUGCUCAUCAGCAUCAGCAGGAAGAACACCACAGUCCAGGCCACCAGCAUCACCAUGGAGACCACCAUAAUGAGGCUCACCAUGUAGACCACCAUAGUGAGGCUCAUCACCAUCACCAUGGAGACCACCAUAGUGAGGCUCAUCAGCAUCACCAUGGAGACCACCACAGUCAAGGCCAUCAGCAUCAUCAUGGAGACCACCACAGUUCAGGCCAUCACCAUAACCACGGAGACCACCAUAGCGAAGCUCAUCAGCAUCACCAUGGAGAACACCACAGUCCAGGCCAUAAGCAUCAUCAUGGAGACCACCACAGUCCAGGCCAUCAGCAUCACCAUGGAGACCAUCACAGUCCAGGCCAUCAUCACCACCAUGGAGACCACCACAGUCAAGGCCAUCAUCACCACCAUGGAGACCACCACAGUUCAGGCCAUCAGCAUCACCACGGAGACCAUCCUAGUCCAGACCAUCAGCAUCACCAUGGAGAUCACUAUAGUACAAUUCACUCUAAAAAAAAUGACCUUGAUGAUGAUGACCACCACACUCAUUUAAGGAGGGACUCUGCUGACAGUCUGCCUCUAUGCAGGAAUCUAGAGUCUCUUCCUAGCAACCCAGAUUCACCCAGGAAUACAAGCAGCUCCUCCAGUCAAGACAAGGAACACACAAGCUUCACUGACUCAUCAUUACAUAAAGAAAAGACGCAUGAGCUGGGUAGAAUGAUGGUUUUCCAGGGGCAGAAUGAAGGUCUGCACCAAAGUUUGCUGAAGACAGCAGUUAGGAUGGAGUGUUUAGGAGAGGAAUUCAUGAGCAGCCAAAAGGUUUUGGAGGCAGAGCUUCAGAGGACACGUGUGGAGCUCAGUACCCUUACAGAGAGGUUUAAAAGACUGCAUGACAACUGCUCCUCCGCACAACAAACCAAUAAUCUUCUUGAGCAAAAGCUUCACUCAGUGACUCAGAGUUUGGAAGGAGAGCGUGAGAGGUUGAACUUUCGUAUUUCAGCACUGACGGAGCAGCUCACUGAUGCAAAAUUUGCCAACAGUGUGGAAACAUACAAUGUAACAUCAGUGCUGCACAAAACAGACCACCAUUUUCACUCAGAUGAUGCCAUUAAUCAGAUGAUUCUCCCCAUCGCUCCCCCUCCGGCUCAGUUCAUGGACAGCCUUAACUAUGGAAAGGUCAAAGCUGCCGGGCAGGAGCAAUCUCUGGGGUCAGUGCCAGAGGAGGAGGAAUCUGACUGGUCAGAGAUGGGAGAAGAUACCCCACGAUUUAUACUGACAGGAUCAAACAGAGGUCAAGCAUGGAGACACCAGGAAGGAGACUUGGACAAAGACAGUGAGUCAGGGGGCGAGGAAAUUGUCAGACGCCCUUCCCCAUGCCCGAUGCAGAUACCUCAUCUUCAGUUCACCAUCCACAAAGAGAUUUUGCCAGUUGCCCAGUCCAGUGCUUUUCCUUCUGGCUUCAAGAAUCUGCCUGAUCACAUGACAGGUGAGGGUGCAUACAGGAUCACAACAAGUCCAAACCUUGGUUCUGCCAUGCUGAUCCGGUCAGCUAGCCUGGAGGAAAUCCCUCUGGCAUGCCAUCACAGGCAGAAGGAGCUAAGAGGCACAGAGGCCAUGAUGGACCUCCACCACCCAGGUGUUGAAGCUAUCGAAGAUUCAGAUAAUGAGAUCAUUCAUCACUGGAGAACAAGCAACGACAGGGAUGCAGUUAUUAUGAGUCUCUCAGAUGCAGAUAGCAGUCUGGCAAGCCUGCAGUCAGCUGAGCGGAUGCUUAACCAUUUCAUACGUGAGACGCAGCCCAGUGAGGGAAAGGGGCAGGGCAGGGCUGAGGUGCAUGGCUGGACCGGAGGGAUUCCAGAUGAGGUGUUGAAGGGUGAACGGACAAAGCUGUGACAGUAACAAGAGUGCACUGCUCACUGUGUUUGAAUGCGUGAUCCACUUUUGUUGUAAUUUAUGAGG